GACAGCAUGGGCAGCUGUGAGCUGUGAGGAUGGAGAAGAGAGUGUGUGUGAUCCAGACUGACUUCCACCAGUACAGACCCACCAUCGCUCUGCACAGCAGACCCCUGGCACAUGUCGGGUCUCUGUCGUUGCAGCAGCACAUUCAUACACAGGAGGCAGGGAUGAGGGAGAGAGAGGAGCUGAGGAGAGCCAUAGAGCAGAGUGACCGACUCCUCUCCAAGGUUCGGGAGCUGGAGGAGCAGAACACUCAGCUUAACAAGGAAAAGAAUGAGGUGGCCACUAAAUACCGAGCUGAGCAGGAGAGCGCCCAGGCGUCCGAGCAGCGCUGCGUCCAGCUGGAGAAGACCCGGCGUGAGCUGGAGCGGCAGCUGUCAGGUCUGUCAGACCGUCUGGAAGAGGAGGAGGCCUGCUCAGCCCAGCUGGUCCUCCACAGGGACAGGCUGGAGGCCGAGUGCAGCAGCCUAAGACGAGACCUGGAUGAACUGGACAGUGCCCUGACUGCAGCGGAGCAGGGUAAACAGUCAUCAGACAGUGAGGUGAGGAAGCUGUCGGAGCAGCUCGUUAAGAGGGACGAGGUGGUGCAGAAGCUGCAGAAGGAGAAAGAACAUCUGGUGGAGCUCAGCCAGCAGGCCAUCGAGGACCUGCAGUGCGAAGAGGAGAAAGUGAACCUGCUGACCAAAGAGAAAACCAAGCUGCAGAUGCAAGCUGAGGACUUGCAGUACCAGCUGGAGCAGGAGCAGCAUCAGCGGGGCGAGCUGGAGAAGAGUUGGAGGAAGCUGGAAGGCGACAGCAGAUCUACCCAGGAUAGUCUGGGAGAGAUGGAGAAGAUGAGGAGUGGUCUGGAAGACCUCAUCAAAAGGAAGGAUCUGGAGAUCAGCAGCACCAGCUCCAAGCUAGAAGCAGAGGAGGCCCUCAACAUUGGACUGCAGAGGAAGAACAAGGAGCUCCAGGCCCGCAUCGAGGAGCUGGAGGAGGAGCUGGAGGCAGAGCGGGCCAUGAGAGCCAAGGUGGAGAAGCAGAGAUCAGAUCUAACCAGAGAACUGGAUGAUCUCACAGACCGGCUGGAGGAGGCAGGAGGGGUCACCGCCUCGCAGAUGGAGGUGAACAAGAAGCGAGAGGCUGAGCUGCAGCGUCUGAGGAGAGACCUGGAGGAGUCCUCUGUCCAGUCUGAGGCUCUGGCUGCGUCUCUGAGGAAGCGGCACGGCGAUGCCAUGGCGGAGCUGAGCGAGCAGUGCGAGGCUCUGCAGCGGGCCAGAGCCAAACUGGAGAAGGAGAAGCAGAACCUGAGGAUGGAGGUGGACGAGCUGGCUGCUUCACUGGACAGUCUGCAGAAAUCUAAGAUGUCCUCAGACAGCCAGAUGAAGAAGCUGGAGGAGCAGCUGUCGGAGGCCAACAGGAGAGGAGACGACCUGCAGAGGACGCUCACAGAGAUCAGCGUGGCCAAGAACAGACUCACAGCUGAUAACGCAGACGUGAGUCGACAGAUGGAGGAGGCAGAGAGCAGAGUCAGUCAGCUGACUCGCUCCAAAACUCUGCUCCAAACUCAACUGGAGGAGCUGAAGAAACAGCUGGACGAGGAGGUCAAGUGUAAGCAGGCGGUCAGCAGCAGUCUGAGCUCAGUGCGGCAGGAGUGCGAGGUUCUGAAGGAGCAGCUGGAGGAGGAGCAGGAGAGCAAGCAGGAGCUGCAGCGCCUCGUCUCCAAACUCAACAGUGAGGUGACGCACUGGAAGACCAAACACGAGUCCGACGCCAUCCAGCACGCUGACGAGCUGGAAGAAACCAAGAAGAAGCUGGCAACCAGGCUCCAGGAGGCCGAGGAGGCCGUGGAAGCCACCCAGGCCAAGUGUUCCUCGCUGGAGAAAACUAAACAGAGGCUGCAGGGGGAGGUGGAGGAGCUCUGCAUGGACCUGGAGAAGGCCAGCAGCUGCGGUCAGGCUCUAGACAAGAAGCAACGGGUCCUGGAGAAGCAGCUCGGAGACUGGAAGCAGAAGUGUGAGGAGCUGGUGGCCGAGGUGGAGGGCUGUCAGAAGGAGAGCAGGCAGCACGCCGGCGAGCUCUUCAAGGUCAAGACGGCACAUGAAGAGUCUCUGGAGCAGCUGGAGGCUCUACGCAGGGAGAACAAGGCGUACCAGGAGGAGGUCACUGACCUUACAGACCAGCUGUCAGACGGAGGUAAAAGCGUCCAUGAGCUUCAGAAAGCGAAGAAGAAGAUCGAGAUGGAGAAAGAGGAGUUACAGGCCUCACUGGAGGAGUCUGAGGCAGCUUUGGAGGCUGAGGAGACCAAGGUGCUGAGGCUGCAGCUGGAGUUGUCUCAGGCUAAAGGAGACCUGGAGCGCAGACUGCAGGAGAAGGAGGAGGAGGCUGAAGCUGCCAGAAAAAGCCACCAGAGGGCGUUAGAGUCCCUGCAGGCCAGUCUGGAUGUGGAGGUGAAAGGCAGAGCAGAGGGACUGAAGCUGAAGAAGAAGCUGGAGGCCGACAUCAAUGAGCUGGAGCUGCAGGUGGACCUGCUCACCAAGAGCAACGCCGAGCUCAGCAAGAACAGCAAGAAGAUGCAACAGCAGAUCAAGGAGCUGCAGGCUCAGCUGGAGGAGGAGGUGCGGAUCCACGAGGAGAACAGGGAGGAGCAGGCAGCUGUGGAGCGACGCUGUGGUCUGUUGGUCAGCGAGGGGGAGGAGACUCGUGCAGCCCUGGAGAGCGCGGAGAGGGCCCGCAAGGCCCUGGAGACCGAGCUGCAGGAGGCCAACGAGAAAUACAGCGAUCUCAACAACCAGUUCCAGUCGGCUCUGAGUGGGAGGAGGAAGCUGGAGGUGGAUCUCCAGACGCUGCAGCAGGAGCAUGAGGAGCUGCAGGGAGAGCUGAGAGGAUCCAUAGACAAGGCCAAGAAGGCCAGCUGUGAGUUGGCUCGAGUCGGGGAGGAGCUGCGUCUGGAGCAGGAGCAUACACUCCACCUGGAGAGGGUGAAGAAAGGUCUGGAGGCUCAGAUCAAAGACAUGAGCGGCAGGCUGGACGAGGCCGAGCAGAUGGCUCUGAAAGGAGGGAAGAAGAUCAUCCAGAAGCUGGAGGGAAAGGUGAAGGAGCUGGAGCUGGAACUGGACUCGGAGCAGAGGCGGCACGCCGAGACGGUGAAGACGCUGCGGAAGAACGAGCGGCGGCUGAAGGAGCUGCUGUUCCAGUCCGAGGAGGACCAGAAGAACCAGCAGAGGAUGCAGGAGCUGGUGGAGCGGCUGCAGAACAAGAUGAGGGCCUACAAGAGACAAGUGGAGGAGGCCGAGGAACAAGCUAACAUGAACUUAGCGAAGUACAGGAAGACGGUUCACGAGCUGGAUGACGCCGAGGAGAGGGCUGACAUCGCUGAAUCUGCACUCACCAAGAUCAGGACCAAGAACAGAGGCAGCUUCGGGAAGGGGUACUCGUCUGGUUACAGCACUCCAUACCCCGGCCUGGUCAGGUCACCCAGCUCUGCGGGCUCAGAGGGCAGAGGAGAGAAGAUCCUCAACGAUGACAACGAAUCCGUCAGCUCCCUCAUCCCGGCCUAUCUCAACUCGCUCAAGAAGCUUAUGAUUGAUUAGAAACCGACAGCCGUGACGUCGCCAUGGUCACCUCUGACUCUCUGUAGUUUCCAAACCGUCCCAGCUCUUGAAGAAAGUGAACACAGCAUGAAGUUAGAAACAUCAGGGAGGCUGAGACUGUAGCUUCACCACACUUUCAGGUCCUAAUCAAACCAAUCGGUGUGGCACCUGUUUGUGAUCACUGUCCAUUCCCAUUGAGUUUAAUCUGAAACGUGCUCGCUCCUUCCUCUGUGUGUGACGACUGCAGUCUAUAGGAUCACAGCUUUAAUGACACACUCCAGCUCUAACCCAGCACACUUUUAUAUCCACUUUAUAAUGUAACAUUUGUAUGUAAAAACAUGGAAAACUGUACUGUAAGUGCUUUACACUUCCUCUCAAGUAAAAGAUAACACUUCAAAAUAAAGGCCAGUUACAAGUCAUGUAUGAUCCAUCAUGUAAAUUAUAAGCAUUAUUAAUAAAUCAAUUAUUUACAUUUGGAAAUGACACAAAAUGCUUAUAUAUCACUCAUGUAUGGUUUGGUUUUGUAGCUUUUAAUCUAAAGUAUAAAAUAUUGGCCAUUUAAUAAAUGUGUGGGGUCCCGUAUAAAGCCUAUAAACAUAAAUCUAUAUAUUCAGUAACACUUUAAUUUACAGCACACGCUGCUAACGUUUUGUCUCAGCUAACUGAUGGUUUAUUCAUGACUUAUAACCAGUCAUUAUCAAACAGUGUUACCAAGUGAGAUAUGCAACAAGGUGCCAUCAUUACAUGGGUUAUUUUGUCUCAGUAAUAAUUAGGGGUGGUGAAAGAAAUCGGUUAUUGAUUAAUGGGGAUUAUAUUAUGGACGAUUAUGAGUUUUGUUUUGUUUGUUUUUUUUGUAAUACACUGCAGUGUAUUACAAAAAAAUACAGGAAAGUGGAGCGAUUAACCACCCCUAGUAAUAAUAAACGCAGUGUCAUUGUGUUUUACCUUUUUGAUAAAGUGUAUCUGUCUGAACCUUUAAGGUCCGUGUAUCUUUUGGGAUUUGAAUUUCCCUUCAAACGCUGAUACUAAAAAAAAUAAAAAAGAGUGCUUCUUUGA